GGCGUCGGUUGUUCCCUUGGCUUUCCGCCUUUCGCCCCUCUCUCCUCUUCCGACCUCGAUCGGAAUAGACAAGAGAGAAGCCUUAGGUGGCCUCUUUCUCUCGCCAAGAGCGCCGAUGGCCGACGGCCAGUGGAGGUACGGCGACGCUCGCCACCAGGUGUCGGCCCCUUUGUCUCCCCUUCAGAUCACCGUGAAGCGCCCUCGUUCCGACCACGGAGAUGUUCCUAGUGGUCUGGAAUAUGUUGAUUAUUAUCCUCGUGAAGAAGGGAGGGUGGGAUGCCGUGUCAUCAGGGACACUGCAUCGAUCAAUGCAUCCUAUGAACGUUAUUUGCGUGAGCGGCGAAAUGUGUCUUAUGGUGGCGGCGAAUCCCUUAGGCCAGUUGCUGGUGGAAUGGGUAGUCAUUCUGUUGAUGAUAUGCAUAUGAUGGGUGUUGGGGGCAUUGAUGGACAAAGUGAUGGAUAUGGAAGUGGUAGACCAGAAAUGCCUCUGCCUCCAGAUGCAUCGAGCACAUUAUUUGUGGAGGGCCUUCCUGCGAACUGCACGCGCAGGGAAGUGUCUCAUAUUUUUCGUCCAUUUGCAGGUUUUCAAGAGAUUAGACUUGUGAAUAAGGCAUCUAGACAUCCUGGAGGAGAUCCACUUGUUCUAUGCUUUGUCGAUUUCUCUAACCCUAGUCAAGCUGCAGUUGCUUUGGAUGCUUUGCAAGGUUAUAAGUUUGACGUGCAUGACCGAGAUUCAGCCAAUUUAAGGCUGCAAUUUGCUCGCUUUGCUGGUCCGAGGUCAGCUGGCAGACCUCGUGGCAGGCGUUGAUAUCGGGAGGAUUUUCUCUUUCCAGGUGACAGAUGCUGAUAUUUCAGUCUAUGCGUUUGUGUGCAAGUAAAACAUUUGCUUGAAGAUAAUGUCAGAGGGUUAUACACUCAUUAUGCUGAAUCAUUAUUCAACUGUUACCAUCUUGUAAACAUGUUGAGAUCAGGAUGCUUUGUUGACCAUGGGACUGUUAGUAGAUUAACCUUUCCGGUUUUCUUUUCAUAGACUUUGAACGUGAGAGUGCGGAAACUUUUGAGUUUAUAUUGCCUGGCA